AUGUUAUUGUCUGUUGUAACAAUAUGUGGAAACCUUCUCGUUAUAAUCUCUGUCUCUUAUUUCAAACAGCUCCACACUCCUACCAAUUACCUUAUUGUCUCUCUGGCUUUGGCUGACCUACUUGUUGGGAUCAUAGUCUUUCCUUUCAGCAUGGCAUUCUCACUUAGCUCAUGUUUGUAUCAUGAGGGUUUAUUUUACAGAUAUUAUGCAAUAUGUAAGCCUCUGACCUAUAGAACUAGAGUAAGCUAUCGUGUUAUUGUGAUCAUGAUCCUGGUGAGCUGGGGGGUCUCUGUUCUAAUUGGAGUCAGCAUCAUAAUUGCUGGAUUAAAUGAUAAAAAAUGCGAAGAAAGGUGUUUAAUUGAUGUUCUCAUAGAAAACACUAUUGGACCUAUUUUAUCAUUUUAUCUUCCAGUGAUCAUAUUGCUCUGUAUCUAUCUAAAGAUUUUCCUUGUGGCACAGAGACAGGCACGCAGCAUCCGGAACAUAACCUGUCAGAGAACAAAGUGUAGGGCCACUGUGAGUAAAAUGGAGAGAAAGGCCACCAAAACUCUGGCUACUGUUUUAGGAGUUUUUCUGUUAUUUUGGACUCCUUUCUUUCUUUGUAUCACCUUUCUGCCUUUCAGUAAUAAUUCAGUUCCAGUUCCUGUGAUUGAAACCCUCAACUGGCUUGCGCUGUCAAAUUCAAUGCUCAAUCCGUUUAUUUAUGCUUUCUUUUACAGCUGGUUCAGAUCAGCUUUCAGAAUGAUCAUUUCUGGAAAAAUAUUUCAAGGUGAUUUUACUCACGCAAAACUGUCUUGA